AUGGCCCCCGCCGUCCCCGCAUCUCAUUCAAAUGAAACACCAAGCAUAAGCCAUAGCCGCGGGUCUCCCACCCAACUGCCCACAAUGGUUUUUUGCCAAUCCACCUACCCCAAUGGGCCCUUUGCCCUUCCCCCGCCUCUCUCUCUACAUCUCAAAACCUCUCCCCCCACCUCUCCCCUACGCCCCACUCGCCCAGGAGACAUCGGCGCUCUGGCGCCGGCCGCGGCGGCACGCCGCCGCCGCAGCAGCGCCGCAGAGCCGCCGCAAACCCUCGUCCUGGUGCGGCGCCCGCGUAGCCGGCGGUUCGCGUCGCCCCCCCCGCCCAGGGCGACCGUGGGCUCCCCCGCCGGCCCCCGCGCGCCCCCCGGCGCCGGCGGGCCCUGGCGCCCUGGCGGCAGCGCGGCCUGCUCCGCUGCGCGGCGGCGCGACAGGGCGGUGCUGCGCGCGCCUGGCCCACGCACAUUUUGGGGCCCCUGGGGCCCUCCGCGCCUGGGGGCAGGGCCCCAUAUUGCUGGUUCUUUCAUCGUCACUCCUGUUUCUUUUCUGACGGCUUUCUUCGUAUUCCUCCCCCCCCCUUCCUCCGCCUCAUCUUUUUCCGGGCUGUUUCUGUGCGCCCACCCUUUUGCCCCGCCCACUGUUAGCGACGGGCUUUCACUUUUUUCCCCAUAG